AUGAUAUUUCUAAUGGACCUCCAGAUGAUGCUGCUGGAUGUGAUUUACUUCAUCCUGCGCAACUCUGUGCGUGUCGUCCUGCGCCCACGCACCAAGCCUAUUGAUGGUGAGCUGGUGCUGAUCACCGGAUCAGGUGGCGGCCUGGGUCGUAUCUUUGCUCAGGAAUUCACCAAACAUGGGGCAGAGGUGGUGCUGUGGGACAUCGACAGCAGCUCCAACGAGCAGACAGCCAAGCUGGUGCACGAGAUGGGGGGUAAGGCGCACACGUACAAGGUGGAUGUGACCAACAGCGAGGAUGUGUAUCGACACGCAGAGCUUGUGCGAAAGGACCUGGGCCGGGACGUUACAAUGCUGGUGAACAACGCUGGAGUGGUGGCUGGGCAGCGCAUGUUAGACUGUCCUGAUGAACUGAUAGAGAGGACCAUGAAAGUCAACUGCCAUGCCCUCUUCUGGACAGUGAAGGCCUUCCUCCCUCAGAUGAAGGCCCAGAAUCAUGGACACAUCGUCACCAUCGCCAGCGUCCUCGGUCUCUUCAGCACAGCUUGUGUCGAGGAUUACUGUGCCAGUAAGUUUGCGGCGGUGGGCUUCCACGAGUCUCUGGCCCAUGAGCUUCUGGCUGAGGAGGUUGAAGGAGUGAAGAUGACUCUUGUGUGCCCCUAUAUCGUGGACACAGGGAUGUUUGAAGGCUGCAAGAUAAGGGAGGAAGUGGAACUGCUCCUUCCCCCUCUGGAGCCCCAGUACUGUGUCGAGCAGGCCAUGAACGCCAUCCUGAUAGACCAGCCAUUAGUGUGCAUCCCUCGCCUCACAUACCUGCCAUUCCUCUCCAGAGCUAUUUUAUGUUCCUUUUCAGAUUGCUGCCAUGGGACUCCAAUGUGGUUACAGUAUCGUUUCAUGGGGUCCGACAAGUGUAUGUUCCCGUUCAUUGACUCCAAGAAGAAACAAUUGUCUAAUAGCGUUGUUAAGGUUGAAUAAUUGUACUUAAGUACAGUUAAGACAACUUUUGGGAGUCAAAACCUUUUAAGAAAAAGUGGGCCAAACUAGCUACAGCCAGGAUUCAAUACGGAUGAUCAGAAGUAAUGCAAACGAAGGGGGCUUUAGACCUUUACACCUUGGAUCAUUCAGAAGUGUGUACUAGAUGACGACUCAGCCAAGUCGUCAUCAGCACCCCAAAAACAUUUCAACAAUGUUCAAAUUAAGUUUAAAGUCCCUUCAAACUGUUUUCACCAUACACCUGUGAAAUGACAAAAAAAGGGGAAAUGGGAGUGUCAUUAAUAUCAUUUAAUAAUGUAGCAGAAUAUUGUGCUGUAUUAUGUUUACA